AUGUCUGUCAAUCUUUCCAGAAGCUCUGUAUUUAGCAAGAAGACGUCUCAGGACUCUCAAUCUUCUCAUCCACAGAACCUCAGAUGGCAUUCUAGCCUCAGCAGUACCCUUUCUCUUACCGUAACCCAUGUGUCUUCCACCUCUUCUGGACUCAGCCAAAGCUCUGGCGUGGGAUCUGGAGUGGACGGUAACUGGCUUCUUGACAAUUGUACCAUUUCUGAACAAUUUUCUGAUGGCCUGUCUAGAGUUGGCUUGGGCGAUCUCGGUGGUCUCGUUAGGGUCCAACCAGACCUUUCUCUUACCACAGCUCAACACAGAUGCUGCGAGUCUCUUUUGAGUACAAUGGCACAUUCUGCAAGAUCCAAGUCUAAACUCAAGGCGAAAAAGGAAAAGGUGUCUGCAAAGGACUCUGAUUAUUACAAACUUGUCGAGCGGCGCACGGAGCGGUUGGCAAAGAAACUGCAGGAAAAAGUGAGCAGCGAAGACAAAAAGAAUAUUUCCGAAGAACCGACGAUGGAAGUGGAUACGAAGGUGAGUACCUCAGGCUGGAGGUCAUCUCGAAACAAUCGUUACAAGAAAAAUCACUCAAGCAAGCGCAAUAAAUCCAUCAAGUUUUGA